ACAGCAUUUGUUGGCAUUGCCUAAAUGCCCAAGAAUGUUGUCUUGGUAGGCAGCUCUCUCCGUGUUUUGAGGCUCAAGGCUGUAUGUGUUGUAUGCUGGAAUCAGGCAGUUGAUGUGGGCAGCCCCGGCGUGUCAUCUCUCCACUCACUUUCUUAGCGAACCACACCGGUUAUUCAGCAACAGGAGAAACGCAGCUCCCAAAUGGGGCAGUUAAAAUACAGCUAAACCUAUCAUUUAAACCUUCACCCGGUUUAUUUUGAGCGGUGGCCUGAGAGUGUGUGGCCAUGGGUGACACAGAGCUGGAGCUCUCCCCUGCCCAGCUUGAGGAGCUACAGCAGAGCCCAUCCGCUUCCUCCAACUCCUCCACCUCCUCGCUGUCCCUGCCCUCAUCUCCUUCCUCUGGCACUCGUCCCCUCACCAGCUCCAGCCCGAGCACCAGUGAAGGCCUGCCUACAUCCAGCCCCCCUCUAGAUGUCAUAUCCGAGGGAGUGGGCGAACUCAGCCUAGUCAUCGAUACCGAGGUGGCUAAGAAAGCCUGCCAGGAAGUUCUUCAAAAGGUGAAGUUCCUGAAGGCAGAUGGAGAAGUAUCUUCAGCCAGCUCAGAGCCAGUUUUAGUGAACGGUACAGCACACCCCGAGUCCACAGAUGGAGGAAAACCUCCCAAGAUCAGCCAGGAGGAAGCGGAGCCUGUGAAGAACGUGCGGCGCCGACAAAAGAACAACUCAUCCAAGCAGUCCUGGCUCCUGCGGCUCUUUGAGUCCAAGCUGUUUGACAUCUCCAUGGCCAUCUCCUAUCUUUACAAUUCUAAGGAGCCCGGCGUGCAAGCCUACAUCGGCAAUCGACUCUUCAGCUUCCGGAACGAAGAAGUGGACUUCUACUUGCCCCAGUUGCUCAAUAUGUACAUCCACAUGGACGAGGAUGUGGGCGACGCCAUCAAGCCCUACGUGGUGUACCGCUGCCGGCAAAGCAUCAAUUUCUCCCUGCAGUGCGCCUGGCUGCUGGGGGCCUACUCUUCUGACAUGCACAUCUCCACGCAGCGCCACUCCCGUGGCACCAAACUGCGUAAACUCAUCCUGUCAGAUGAGCUCAAGCCCUCCAGCCAGCGCAUCCGCAGGGAGGUGCCGCAGCCUCCCCCUUCCUGCCCCCCACCCCUCCAUCAUGGUCAGGGCAUGAGCGAACACAGCCUCUCACCCUCAAAACGCACCCACCAACGCUCCAAAUCCGACGCCACCGUCAGCAUCAGCCUCAGCAGCAACCUAAAGAGAACUGCAAGCAACCCCAAAGUAGAGACCAGCCAGGAUGAGGAUCUGAGCUCCAGCUCCGACAGUCUCACGCUAGAGGCUGGUACACCUGUGCGUCUGACUCCUCAGAGAGAGUUCAUUAAGUCUCUCAUGGGGAUCGGGAAGAGACUGGCCACUCUGCCCACUAAAGAACAGAAGACCCAGAGGCUCAUCUCAGAGCUGUCCCUACUCAACCACAAGCUGCCUGCCCGGGUCUGGCUGCCCACAGCUGCCUUUGACCAUCACGUGGUGCGUGUACCCCACACGCAGGCCGUCGUGCUCAACUCGAAGGAUAAGGCACCUUACCUUAUCUACGUAGAAGUUCUGGAAUGUGAGAACUUUGAAACGUCAAGUGUGCCGGUGAGAAUCCCAGAAACACGGAUCCGCAGUACGCGAUCCGUAGAGAAUCUUCCCGAUUGUGGCAUUACACCUGACCAGCGUGCCAGCAGCUUCUCCACGGUUCCCAAUUACGACAACGAUGAUGAGGCAUGGUCUGUAGAUGACAUCGGAGAGCUGCAAGUGGAGCUUCCAGAGAUCCACACCAACAGUUAUGACAACAUUUCCCAGUUCUCGGUAGAUAGCAUCACCAGCCAGGAGAGCAAGGAACCUAUUUUUAUUGCAGCUGGAGAUAUCAGACGACGCCUGUCUGAGCAACUCGCCCACACCCCCACCACAUUUAAGAGGGACCCAGAGGAUCCCUCAGCUGUAGCCUUAAAGGAACCAUGGCAGGAGAAAGUGAGACGGAUCAGGGAAGGCUCCCCCUAUGGCCACUUGCCCAACUGGCGUCUACUGUCUGUUAUUGUGAAAUGUGGCGAUGACUUGAGACAGGAGCUUCUCGCCUAUCAAGUGCUGAAACAACUGCAGAUUAUCUGGGAGCAAGAACGGGUUCCCUUGUGGAUCAAGCCCUACAAGAUCCUGGUCAUCUCCUCAGACAGUGGUAUGAUUGAGCCAGUGGUCAAUGCUGUGUCCAUUCACCAGGUGAAGAAACAGAGUCAGCUUUUAUUGCUCGACUACUUCCGGCAAGAGCAUGGGGACUACAAUACAGAGGAAUUCCUUACCGCUCAGCGUAACUUUGUUCAGAGCUGUGCUGGCUACUGUCUCAUCUGCUAUCUGCUGCAGGUCAAGGACAGGCACAAUGGAAAUAUCCUGCUAGACUCUGAGGGCCACAUCAUUCACAUCGACUUUGGCUUCAUCCUUUCCAGCUCUCCACGUAACCUGGGCUUCGAGACAUCUGCCUUCAAACUAACCAGUGAAUUUGUGGAUGUGAUGGGAGGACUUGAUGGAGACAUGUUCAAUUAUUAUAAGAUGCUUAUGCUCCAAGGCCUCAUCGCUGCUCGCAAGCACAUGGAGAAGGUCAUCCAGAUUGUAGAAAUCAUGCAGCAAGGUUCUCAGCUUCCCUGCUUCCACGGCUCCAGCACCAUCCGUAACCUGAAGGAGCGUUUCCACAUGAACCUGACGGAGGAGCAGCUGCAGGUGUUGGUGGAGCAGAUGGUGGACGGCUCCAUGCGUUCCAUCACUACCAAGCUGUACGAUGGCUUUCAGUAUCUCACCAACGGCAUCAUGUGAGCGGUGGCCGGGGUGCACACGGACUACAGCGCUAAAACUGGAAAAAAGGCUGCACCACUUUGAAAACCACUCCUAACGCCCGUUUCCCAUAACCACCCUUGUGUUUCUGCACCCUUCAGACUGAUUAUCUUUAAAGAUGGAUUUUUUGUGUUCUUUUUUUGUUUUUUACCCUGACUGAAGAGGUCUUGAGCUGUGAAGUAACUGUUUGUCGUCUUUUUUCAACAGCCUUUCCUUUCAUUUAAACCCUCCCUUUUUUUGUAACGUCAUGUUGCAGAACUCUGGAUGCCCAGAGUUGAAUUUUAUCCAGCUUUCCAGUGCCUCGUUUAAACACUACGCUGCUCUGUGACUCACCUGUGUACUGACUGACUUCAACACCCAAGAUUAUCAUCAUCAGCUUUUUUGUUGCCAUGCCACUAAUUAUACAUACUUUGGAUAAAUAACAUUCAGAAUUUCAAAACACACUCACACAGUGGGGCGGAAAACAGGAGAUGCUGUAUCAAAGCCUGUAAAUUGCAUUGUGAAAUGAGGGAGUACAUUGCUGUAUUGUUCAGCUUUGUGAAGUCAGUGUUACAUGAACUGUUUAAAAGAGAUCUUCAGCUCAGCGCCGCACAAGUCAGAGACCGAUUAAGCCAUGAAACGUUUGCUUAAAGUGCUCUCAUUUGACCCUGUGAGAAGCGCUUGAGCCAUAAUAGGGUUAAUGAAGCUUUUUAAUUCAAUAUGGAUGUGUUAAAUGUCAAAACACCAAAGACACAAACCAGUGACUAAUCAUAUAAGAGUUUUAGUCUUGAAUUGAUAGACGACGACGUAAAAUAAUUAGGACUUAAUUAAAAUAACCUGCUUUGUUUUCUAGGUCAAAACAAAUGUGUAAAGAAACUAUUUAGAGUUUCCAAAGGUCUAGACUGGAAUAUGGUGGACUGAGAGAUAUGAACACUAUUUAUUGCCCUUUUACAGAUAUUUCAUAUACUUACAUGACACUUAUGAAAUGACACUUUCUCAAAGUUCUCUGUGGAUUUCAUUUCAUUUUGUUGUUUUGUUUGGCACACAUUAUAAUCCAAGUUGUGCUAGUUUGUACAGCUAACCUGAAUUUAUGAUGUGCAUUCUUACAGCUGAUCUCAACCUGAAGUGGGCAGCCAUUUUUAAAUGUGUGACUGUGAGCCACUGGAGUUGUUGUUUUUUUUUUUUUUAACAGAGAGGAGUUGUUCAGAAUCUGUUGCACAGGAGAAAUGGAAAGGGCUAUGAAAAAACGAGAGAAAUCAACACAUUCUUUCUUUGUUUUUAUUUCCUCCACAUGUACAGGUAUAAAAUUCCCUGCCUAAAAUUACUAGUUUUUUUAUUUUAUAUUAUUAUUUUUCUUUAUUUUCAUAGAAACUGGGCAUGUGUUGAGCCUCCUCUUAUUUCCCUGUGACAUCAGUGCUUCUCUUAAUAGUUUUAAUUCAUUCUCUUAGCGGGAGCCACAAUUUACUUUAAUUUGUUUGCUUGUGCGAGGGCAGUUUAGACGAUGUGUACAUUUUCAACAAGCUUAUCUUUACUCUUUACUAUUUUAUACUUCUAUUGUUUCAGCGUCAGACUUUCCUUUGAAACUUGUAAAACGGACCAGCUCUUAAGAUCAUGUGAAUAACCUUCCUUGUGAAUGUUCCUUUGUAUAAUAAAUUAAAUGUUCCCGUUA